CACUUGUUGAGUUCAGUAUUCGGUACAGGCUGAGGCGGUACAGCUGACAACAACGCAGAGUCGGCGCCUCAGUAUCGUUUGUGACUUUCAGCUAGCGACAUGAAUAACGUUUUCGUGCUAACUUUGAGCACGUUAUUGCUCGCAUUACCGCACAAAAGUGCGAGUGGAUUUUUGAACGUAUAUCCGAAAUUGAAGCCGUUUCAACUCACCGAUAAGGAGGAUGUUGGUGUGCCGCUUUUCUUGACGCCUCUGAUAGAAAAUGGAAAAAUUGACGAGGCGCGUGCGAAGGCUGUCGUUCAACACAAAGAGAUGGGCGAUAUUAGCAGUUAUUCAGGUUAUCUGACAGUUAAUAAAGAGUACAAUUCUAAUCUUUUCUUCUGGUUCUUUCCAGCCAUGCACAAUCCAAAGACUGCGCCAGUAAUAUUGUGGCUGCAAGGUGGUCCAGGAGCAACUUCCAUGUUUGGCCUUUUUAUGGAAAAUGGCCCAUUUAUAGUGACAGCCAACAAGACUCUAGCAAUGCGAAAAUACUCAUGGAAUAUAGCACACAACUUGAUAUACAUUGAUAAUCCAGUUGGCACUGGCUACAGUUUUACUGAUAAUGAUAAGGGAUAUGCCACGAAUGAAACGCAAGUAGGAAGAGAUAUUCAUACCGCACUGGUACAGUUCUUUUUGCUAUUCCCAGAGCUACAAAAUAAUGAUUUCUUCGUCACUGGUGAAUCGUAUGCUGGGAAAUAUGUGCCAGCAGUGUCUCAUGCCAUUAAAGAUUACAACAUCAAAGCAGUAACAAAAAUUAACUUAAGAGGCCUAGCCAUCGGUAACGGAUUGUGUGAUCCAGAGAAUCAAUUGCUGUACAGCGACUAUUUGUAUCAACUCGGACUGAUAGAUGAAAAUGGAAAAAUUCAGUUCCAAAUAUACGAGAAAAAGGGCCGUGAAUUUAUUGAGCAGAAGAAAUAUCUCGAGGCAUUUGAAAUAUUUGAUGCACUCCUUAACGGCGAUCUAAACGGCACGCCGUCCCUAUUUAGAAAUCUAACUGGAUUCGACUAUUAUUACAAUUAUUUGUAUGCGAAUGGGGGCAACGAUUCCGAUUGGAUGUCCGAGUGGAUUCAAAGAGCUGACGUUAGACGUGCUGUACACGUGGGCAAUAGCACUUUUCACGUUGAAACGAAAACUGUCGAGGAACAUUUGAAAGGAGACGUUAUGCAAUCCGUGGUAUUUUUCUUGACGGAUCUUCUGCAACAUUAUAGAGUGCUCAUUUACAAUGGACAAUUGGAUAUUAUCGUAGCAUAUCCACUCACGGAGAAUUACUUAAAAAAUUUAAAGUGGUCCGGAGCAGACAAAUAUGUGAAAGCGCCGAGAAAAAUAUGGAUGGUUGGAAACAAAAUAGCGGGCUAUACGAAGACUGUUGACAAUUUAACAGAAGUUCUUGUACGAAAUGCAGGUCACAUGGUUCCUUCGGAUCAACCGAAAUGGGCACUAGAUCUUAUCACUCGUUUCACGCAUAAUAAAAAGUUCUAAAUAAUUAUGCGAAUUAUUACAUUGAAUGUGAUAAAAGUUUUGAAUUUUGUAUCUUAAGAAUUUCUAUUAAUAUAAAUAGAUAUAUAUCAAUAUAUGUAAAAAAUCAAAAUAUGUAAACGUUUAAUAAUACAGGGCAAUACUUAAGAUGCCAAAAAUACUUAAAAUACUCUGAGGAGCAUUCAUGACAAAAAAUGAACACAAUAGUAAUAUAAUGAUAAUUUUGUAAUAGAAAAAUUAAUAAAUUUAUUCAUAAAUAAGAA